GUUUUUUAGCUAUGGCGCUCCAGCAGCUCGGGCAGGAGACCGUGCCCUUGUCGGUACUCGUCAAGCGCGCGGCCGAGGCCGCCUACACCGGGCUCAAGGAGGUCUGCGAGGCGGCGCCCGAGCAAUCCGACGCCGAGAAGAAGAUCAGCCUUCUCAAAUUCAUCCUCAAGACGCGCCAGCGCCUCCUCCGCCUUCUCGUCAUCUGCAAAUGGUGUCGCCAGAUUCCUCUCGUGGAGCGAUGCCAGCAGCUCAUGGGGACGCUGUCCAAUCACGACAUGAGCUUCACCCAAGCGGCCGAUUCCAUGUUCUACCUCCACGAGAGCUUGCAGCAGUCGCGAGCGCCCAUGUACGAUGUCGCCUCCGCCAUGGACGUGCUCUUCACCGGCGGCUUCCCACGAAUGCCCAAGUGCAUCGAGGAUCUCAACGUCCAGCCGGUUCUCGAGGGGUGGAAGAAGGACAACGUUCUUCAAAAGCUCGACACCCUUUUGCGAUCCAAGCUCCUGGACAUCGCCAUUCCAAAGGAGUUCACGUCGGUCUCGGUGCGCGAUGGCCGGCUCACGCUGCGCGUGGAUGGAGAGUUUGAGGUGGAGCUCACUCUCGGCUACCGGGGGAAUGCGUCGCUGUGGAGGGUGCUCCAUUUGAAGCUGCUAGUCGGGGAGAGCUCCAGGCCGGCAAAGUUCUCGGACAUGCAACGUCUCGCGCUCUCCGACGAUCUGGAGCGGAGGAUGUCGGCUCUGGAAAACCCGUUUGGGAUCAUCUACACUGUUCUUCACGAGUUUUGCGCCGCGCUGGUGAUGGACACGCUUUGGCGCCAAGUUCGUGCGCUGAGGCACGGAAGGUGGAAGGACGCUAUACGGCUGGAUCUCUCGUUUGAGACGGCCGCGUCUGGGAAUCCGGCGACUCAAGCUCCCGCUGACGCAGAGGCGGAUCCGUCCAAGUCGCGUGUUCAUGGCGUGAAGAUAACUUACUGGCUCGACUUGGCCAAGGGUGGUGAGAGCUUGCUACCGAGCUUGAGGAUCGAGCCGGGUAGUGACCAGAGAAUUUCCUGCCAGCACCAGCCGCCGCUCACGGAUCCUGGGACUGGCAACGACGCUGAGUUUGUACUAGAUCAGAGCCGCCUGGACGUCGAGAAGUUGAUACUCCGAGUCAUUAACUGCAACAUUCACUCCCGGCUCGUCGAGGUCCAGAAGAGUCUAAAAGCCAACACUUAUAUUCACAGGGUGGAAGACGAUGUGUUCUUGAAAUCUUCUGCGCAGGAUACCUCGGACAUCGGUGAAGAUAGCCUUCAUGUGCGCGCUUAUGGGGAUCUAUAUAUCUGUCUUAGUAUCAGUAUCAGGAAUGGACGUUUUGUACUUCGAGCUCCCUCAACAUUACUCUCAUUGUCUUUAGUUCAAGAGAUGGAGGAGGCGAUAAAUCAGGGGACCUCGGUCGUUGAUGUCUUUAUCAAUCUGCGCAAUCAAAGUAUUAUCCACCACUAUGCAUCCUUGGGCGGAUCAAUGAAUCUGAAGGUCUUUGAAAAAGGUGCCAUAACGCUGAAAUUUCCGGAGGAUGGACCUAAGCUUGGCUCAGACGUACUUGUUCUGGGAUUUCCCAACACCGGCGAUUUGUACUUCCUAGCAGUGCAUCUCGAUCCAGCAUUUAUGCCACUCUUUGUUCUAUUGGAAGCUCAAAAGUUGGUGCCGCUACCAAAUCGGACAACUGUUGCAGCAAAGCAUCUGGUCAUACGAAGGUACAUGAGCAUCGACAUCAGCAAAUUUUCUUUGGCUGGCAACGAUGAAAACUUGAGUUUAUUAAGUGACAACGUAAAAAGUGGAGGCAGGAGCUUAGUUCCCAAGACAGCUGAAGUGAGGAAUGGGUUUGACAGGAUGGACAACCAAGUAGUAAAACUGGAAAAGGCGGAGCAACAGCCGAACUUCGCAAUGGGACAGCUGCAACGCUAUCAUGCGUCACCUUCAGUUUCAUUGGGAAGUCCAUCCAGCAGAGCCAGCUUUGGCAACCACAACAGAAAAUCGUCAUCAAGCAAUAAUCUGCUAGCGUUGGUGUCUCAAGCCAUGGGAAGCCCAGCCAGAAACUCAUUUAGCCGGAUGUCUCCAUCGACAAAGUUACCGGAGCUGGAGUAUGGUCGCUUAAAGUCCCCUCUACUUCCUGUGGAUAAUCCCGCCUCUCCGGACCUUGACGACGAUCAUCUUUCGAAGCUGAUCGAGUCGAUCUCAACGGGUGGACCAGCAACGGAUAACAUGGCCAGUACAGGUUUAAGACAGGUUCAUUCGUCACCGUCGUCGAGAACGGUGAAGUCGGCCUCUAAGAAUUCGUUGAAGUCUCUACAUCUUGUACCUCGCAAGGGCCUACCGGAUGGGUUGGGAUCACCCCUGGCAAAGGAUAUGGAUCGGUCGCCUUAUCUUCUUCCAGCCCCUUCACGUCAACUGAGUUCCUUGAAGCGCAAGCCAGAGUCGGACAUUUUCUCGUCUCUCCCGUCACUGCAGCGACUAAGCCUUGGAGCAAGGAAGAAACAGAAAGUUGAAGCGCCAUCGAACGCCUUGGAAGUUUUCUCUGGACAGCCUUAUGCUGCCGUUGUUGCCGCUGCAAAUCAAGGGAAGGCUCCUCCGGUGACACAUAUGGCCGUACUUCUGCACGUCGUGAAGAGGUCCUGGCUGGUGAUAAAGCACGCUCGUCUAACGAACCAGAUGGAUUCACUCGGCAUAUCGUACGUCGAAGAAGGCAGGCUUUCAUCAUCCGCGGGACUCAUUUUCCGUCUGGCAACUUCACGAAUGAGAGGAGAUAUGGGAAAGUAUUGCAAUGCUUGGCAGCGGAUAUCUUUGAGCCUGGGACAGCACGGCAGCGAUGGAUGGGAAGUAAAAGUCCGUGAUUCGCACUAUAAAAGCCUGUGGAGCCUUCAGAAGCAAAAGGUGGCGGAUUGGGGAGCUGGUGUUCAGCUCGCGGCUUUGUCGGAGGCUGAUGCUCACAUCAAAUGUAGUCAAGAAGGCUUGAUUCUUAGCUACAGUACGGUGGAAGACGACAGUAUCAAGAAGCUUUUAGCAGAUCUAGAGCGCUUAAGAAGUGCUCGAGCGUUUGCACACUGCAUGAAGAAGCUUCUGGAGGACAGGAUGGACGAGGGAGACGAAGGAGCUUCGCGGACAGAUACGAAGUGGGAAGCAAUUACCAGGGCUUUCAAAGUCGAGGCUUUGGGCCUUACGAGCUUAUGGUUCAGCUAUACAGGAAGCAUGCCAGGAAUACUUGCACGAUUUGUGGUAGAAUGGGCAUCCGACCAAGAGGGUUGCAUAGUUCAUGUCUCGCCGGAACAACUGUGGCCCCAUACGAAGUAUCUGGAGGACUUGAUUAAUGGAGGGGACGUGGAGCUUCUACUUGAUGCCAUCCGGAUAACGGCUGGUCCUUUACAUGCACUUGCCGGUGCAAUCCGUCCAGCACGAAUGACAGCACCUGUUUCGAGCAUUGUCGCUUCUGCCAUUUCUCCGCCAGGUCAGGUUUCUCCUCCAAAUAGUUCCGCCACGCCUCAGUCCAGAGCUACAGGACUCUCGAUCCAGAUUCCAACUAUCACUUCCGGCCCCGGGAGAGGGCCUGGUCCAGGCAUAGUUCCAAGCUCCCUGUUGCCAACGGACAUUUCCGUUCUCAUGCGCUCGCCAUAUUGGAUCAGGAUAGUCUACAGAAAGCAAUUCUCGGUGGAUAUGAGGUGCUUUGAAGGUGACCAAGUGUGGCUGCAGCCAGCUCCUCCGCCUCAGGGUGCUGGUCCCGACGCAGGCGGUUCCUUACCUUGCCCGCAGUUUCGGCCGUUCGUCAUGGAGAACGUUUUGAACAGUUCUGAGACUGUGGUCACCGGCGUACAGCAAAAUGGUCCGGCAUCUGCCAAUCCUCGCUCGAAUGCAAGUGCUACUCGGAAUACUCCAAGCUCAGCGGCAUCUGGUCGGAACCUCGUCAUAGGGGGGCCCGGUUAUCCAAGCUACAGGGGUGAGCUAAACUCUGCGUUCUGCGGCGUGAGUGACGAUGGAGGUUACAGCGGUGCAUGGGUGCCUCUUCCUGCUCUCAAAAAGGUCCUGCGCAGCACUCUUAAGUAUCUCGGUGUCCUCUGGCUCUUUGCGCAGUUCCCCAAUAUUAUUCGCGAGGUACUUGGCUCCGUUAUGAAUGGGAGAGAUGGAACUCUUCUCCACUUGGAUCCUGAGCAACCUGCUUUGCGAUUUAAUAUCGGGAAUUGCAUGUUUGCUGUGAAUAUGCAUCGCCACCAGCUGUAUUUACAAGGUUUGAACGUGAAGAAGUUUCAGCAACCGCCUCCCGAGCUACAAACAGACCCCCCAGGAGCAGACGCGGACCUGACAAAUGGUGAAAUGCUGGAAAUAACUGAGUUCUUCGCUCAACGAGUCGCAUCUGAACCGUAUGAUGCCUCCCGCUUGGCCUCGUUCGUGACGAUCCUGACGCUACCGAUAGCUGUCCUUCGGGAGUUCCUUGGAUUGAUAUCAUGGAUGAAAGAGGCCCAGAAGAACCAGGCCGUGGAGGCCACCCCUCGGCCGAGGAUUGAGCUGUGCCUGGAGAAUCGUUUGGUGAUCAACACCACCAUGAAAGAGGAAGCUGGCAGCAGCACGUCCGUGAAGAGCAGCAUACUGCACGAUCGCGAAAGAGAAAUCGUGGAGUUCGCUCUGACUGUUUUCUUGGACCUGGGUCCUCACGUCAACGUGAACGUUGCUGGAGGUGCGGGGUGGCUGCCGCAGUGCGUAUCGGUGCGGAUGAGAUACUACUACAACAAAGGUGGAAGGCGGGUGCUUCUGGUGGGCUUGGAAGGCAGUCAUGGGGGCAGGGCUUGCUGGUCCAGGGGUGACGAGUGGGAGAGGCUGAAAGAGAGGACCAAAGUGCUGGAAGCUGCUGCCGCCGGUCAAGAGUCAAGUGGGAGAUUGCGGGCAGUAGCGGAAUCUGUGCAAUUAACUUUGCAGUCUGCGCUCCAGCAGCUCCGUGCGGUGUGAAUGAAAUUCUGCGCUCUGCGGAGUAGCUCGGGAGUCGGGACGAGAUCUUGCUGCGCAAUUUUUUGACUUGUUUAAAGACUUCUGUAGGUGACGAGCUCCACAAAAGAUCUGGGAGCAGAUCUGCUCGGCACGAAGCUAACAUAUCGUGCAGUGACCAGAUUUAUGGGCAGAGAUAUUUUCUUUUUUUUCUCUUCAUGAUGACGAACGACUUUGCACUGCCGAACGGAAGGCAGUGUUUCGCUAUUCACGCCGUGCAAUUUUCCAAGCCUUGCCGUCCAAGCAAGCAUAUGGAGACUAUCAACCUUGAUCAUGAUAUUUCAGCAGCCUUUGACUGAAAGCGAGGCAGGAAGACACAAACUCAUUAAUUUGGGUGGGAUACUGCCGGGAUACGGCGGGAUGGUAAAAAAGAGCUAUCGAGAUGUGAUGCUUGGAGAGCGAAAGUACCUCCGCUGAUGAGGAUCUUUGUGACCAAUCCAUUCAACAUUACGUCACGCAAGUAAUGAGGCUUAUGCGGAUCCGGGAAGGCGUGAGGCAAGCAUGCCUGAGUCUCUUUGUUACUUAUCUGUUUUUCUUCUUUUAACUCCAGUCAAACAAGACAGGCAGGCACAGGAAGGUGGUGAAUUGCAUUACCUCUGUGUAGGUAGAUCUUUCCGCAUCAGCAUCAAACCGAAAGCAGCAGCAGCAGCCAGCGGCAGCAUGCCAGAGCCAGAAUAGCAACAGGGACAAGAACAGGAUGCAUAGCGAAGGGAGGCAAAAAAAAAAAAAGCCCAACCAAAAAACAAAAACGAGAAAAAGGAGCUGCAAAGCAAGUAAUGGCACACGUGAGGUCUGCGCCUGGUCCUCGUUCUCGGCUAAAGCUUUUUGCGCUGGUAAAAUAUAGCGAACUGUGGUCGUCCGCCGGGAAAAGAAACCUCUCCGGUUAUAGUGCGUUGCUCGGGCGGGGACUCCUUCCACGGUCUCUUGUCUCGGACCACCAACUCGGGCUGGCCUGGCGCUGUCCCUUUCUCCCGUGUGCUGCGACUCUGGCGCUGCUAAAAGCAACAAGUUACAGGCACAUUGAUAACUCUUGCAACUUCUAGCUAAACUGGAUGAACCAGCUUGUAUAUAUGUGUAUAUAUAUUCCAGGGCCAGCUAGCGCAUAUGUUAUGUUCAUCGUACAAAGGUCCGAUUGAAUCAAAAUUGUUUUUUUAAACUCUCGCUCGUUUUUUUUUUUCUAGAAGACGAUACCUUUGUUUUGAGUUUUAUAGCGAGUAACAAUCAUAGUGGGUGUUUUUGUCAAGGGAGACAAGCUAGCAGGGGAUUAAAAUUGACGCUACCACAAUAACGAACCCACAUGGUUUGGCA